GACAUUCAUAACUGCAGUGAGGGAUCUGCCGAAGAGGACACCAUUAGGCUGUGUAUAUAAUAUACAUUCGUUUUUAUUACCAGUCCUGCAGAACUUUUGUACUAAAGAAGGAUUUCGUCUGUAUUUUCAAUACUUGGUCGUCACGGUUGAAUGACAGUGUCCAAUCAGCUGCAGGAUUCCCGGAGCCCCGCCCCUGCGCGCUGUCUAUUUAUAAUAAUGCAACAGCAGCUUUCUGACAGCAGUUACUGUAGAAGCAGAUGCUGCAUCACCAGCUCCGCUAUAACGCUACAGUCUCACCUCAAUAGAUACAACUUUACCCCAAAGAUAACCUCAAUUCGACUUGUAUUGUUCUUACCACAGUCAUAGUAGGCUUACGUUAUAUACCUCUAUAUUUUAACUCAUCAAUAUAAGUUACCCGACAUAAACACAAUGACCGAAGGGAACAACAUGCCAGAAGAUGAUACAGAGGGUCAGGGUGAGGUCCCCGCCGGCGCGCCCGCAGAAGAGAAGAAGGAGAACGGGGACAGUAAAGUGACCGUCCCAGAGCAAGCCGCGGCUCCGGGGACGGAGGAGGUCGAGUUUGUGCACCCGGAGGGAGGCUGGGGCUGGCUGGUGAUGUUGGCCGCCAUGUGGUGUAACGGAUCGGUGUUCGGGAUCCAGAACGCCUUCGGUAUUCUCUUCCUCUCUCUCCUCCGGGAGUUUGGCUCCGAGGACGACGACGACCUCCGCUUUAAGACAGCGUGGGUGGGCUCCCUCUCCAUGGGGAUGAUUUUCUUCUGCUCUCCCAUUGUCAGCGUCUUCACCGAUAUCCUGGGCUGCAGAGUUACGGCAGUGGGUGGCGCUGCUGUCGGCCUGGUCGGCCUACUGGCCAGCUCCUUUGUCACGUCCCUGGGCCCUUUGUAUUUCACCUAUGGCAUAGUGUUCGCCUGCGGCUGCUCUUUCGCCUACCAGCCCAGCCUGGUCAUCCUGGGCCACUACUUCAAGAAGCGUCUGGGUCUGGUGAACGGCAUUGUGACGGCCGGCAGCAGCGUCUUCACUAUCACCUUGCCCUUCGUGCUGUCGGGCCUGCUGGAGAGAGUGGGCCUCCAGAACACCAUGCGCGUCCUCUGCAUCCUGAUGUUUGUGCUGAUGCUGGCCGGCUUCACCUACAAGCCCCUGCUGCCAGUCAAAUCCAUUAACACCCACACAGGCAGCCGGUUCCCACCCAUCAGCAAGAUCUUCAACAUCAAUAUCUGGAAGUCUUUGGGAUAUCGCAUCUGGGCCUUCGGUAUUCCUGCAGCCCUCUAUGGCUACUUUGUGCCUUAUGUUCACCUGAUGAAGCAUGUGGAGGAGCGUUUUGGAACAGAUGCCAGUAAAGAAGUUCUGCUCAUGUGCAUCGGAAUCACGUCUGGCGUGGGCCGUCUCAUCUUCGGCAGGGCGGCAGACUAUGUUAAUGGAGUCAACAAAGUGUACCUGCAGGUGACCUCCUUCUUUAUCAUUGGCCUCAUGUCCAUGAUGAUCCCUCUGUGCCACAUCUUCGGCGGGCUGAUCGCCGUGUGCCUGCUCAUGGGGCUGUUUGACGGCUGCUUCAUCUGCAUCAUGGCCCCUAUCGCCUUUGAGCUGGUCGGAGACGAAGACGUUUCCCAGGCCAUUGGCUUCCUGCUGGGCCUGAUGUCCGUGCCCAUGACUGUGGGGCCCCCCAUCGCAGGUUUCCUGAGGGACAGACUGGGUAGCUACGACGUCGCAUUUUACCUGGCAGGUAUCCCCCCGAUCGUUGGAGGAGCCGUACUGUGUCUGAUCCCCUGGGUGGAGGCCAAGCGCAAGAGGAAGGAGAAGGAGGAGGCACUGAACAAGGAGCAGGAUGUCACCCAGAAGAUGAUCGAGCACGAGAAGGCUCAGGAAGACGCACAAAGCAAAACUGGAGAGUCUGUCCUCUAAGUGCCCCGCUGAACAGACUGAAAGAGACACAGACUGAGACUUCUGACAUACAGCAUGACUGCCUUCAGAAGGACAAAAUGCCAAAGUGAUGAACCCUAUCAGAGUCAUAGGUUCGAGUACAGUUUAACAUGAAUGUGAUCUUGAAGAACUAUGCAUUAAUUGAAAAUUGAGGAACUGCACAUUUCGUAUUUGUCACAGGGGAAAGAAGACAUGCUGUGCUUAAUAUAAAUGUAAUGUAAAAGUGUAAAAGCCAGUGUCUCUACCAAAAACACUUUCAGGUGGCAUUCUUAAGGCAAAGGUGGACUUACGCCAUUCUUUACAAUCAGUUUUUAACACUACCAUAUUUUUUUAGAUGUAGAAAUAUAGCAUUAAAAAAACAUGCUUGAUUACACAGGACAGUGACAUAACUUGAUUCAGCCUCAAUCAACAUAUUUGUUUUAUGUCAGUGCAAGGCAAACUGGUCUCUGUAAAGCUGCCAUCUUUAUUGCAUCUCCUGUCAACACUUCAACGUCUUAAAGCCAACAUUAAAUACUGAGAGUAAUGUGUUCAUAGUAUUUUAAAGUUACAUGCAGAGGUCUCAUUUUUAGUGUGAGUCCUGCAGCUCUGGGAGGGUCUGAGCUUUAAAGGUGCUUUAAGCACAAUGAUUUACAUCCUGUCAGCAAAAGGCAUACAGUGUUUUAUACAAUGGACUGUAUGUAAUGUACUCCAUGUUUAUACCAAGCUUACAUGGUGUCUAGUCCUACGUAAAAUUGUGCUAUGGAAUAAGCACACCAUAAUGAUGAACUAUUAACUAAUACAAACACAGUUAGUGUGAGCGUUAAAGGGGCCGUGUGCCUGAGAAACCUUGUCAGUGUUUUACAUUUUUAUCUUUAAAGGAACAGUUCAACAUUGUGCGAAAUAUGCUUAUUCUCUUUCCUGCCCACAGUUAGAUGAGAACAUGGACACCACUCUCAUAUCUGUCCACUAGAUAUAUAAAGCCAGCAAGAUAGCUUAUCUUAGAAAAAGACUUUCUGUAGUCUCGUAUGCGUAUUUCCCAAAAUGUCAAAUCAUACCUUUAACAAUAAAAACUCUUAGCCAGCACAAGUAAACCAGCAUUCAGUUAUGAACCUAAAUAUUGAUUUAUAAGGAUCAUAUAGACAUUGUGUUUGUGUCUAUGUCUAUUCAGUGACUGCAGUAUUGACAUUAAGCAGUAUUUCCACCUGUGAACGUUUUUUCUCUGUAAUUUGGUCCAAUAUUUUUAGUUUAUACUUUUACUGUGUGACAUCCAUUUACAAUGCCUUGCCUCAGGUUAAAUUCUCUUAUGCUUCCUGGUAUAUAAAAGAACAUGGCGUUUGCCCAGUAUCUGAUGUGGUCCGGGUCAUAAAACAACCGUCACUGUGUCACCAACACAUAGCCUGUUUGCAUGGAUGACCUCUUAAAAAGACAAAAUACUGGUGCAUAUGCAGAUCCUCACCACCUUAUGAAAAGGCUAAUACACAUUUACCUACAGUAUCAUUUGAGAAACAUGCGUUUGACUUAUUGACUACGUGACAGCAGUCAAUGAAGUCGAGUUAAUCAUUAACUCUGUGCCCAGUUCAUUAACCUUUAUUAGAAAGGUGUUUGUUUCAUGUUUUCAUAUUGUAUUUAUUUGUUAGUUUUUGUGGAGAAUGUCAUGCUGUAAUUGACAGCCUAAAGCCUUGAUUUCAUUUACUGAAGACCAAAGUGUAGUGAAAUGAAAAGUGCGUUAAUCCUGUUGGCGCUUCUGUCUGUGAACCAUCUUCACACUCAACAGUCCCUCACUGUCCACACUGACAGACUGCUUUUGGAAAACAGUGCGGCAACACUGUUGAUUUCUGUGAGUCAAUGAUAUUUGCUCUGCAGACCUGUGACUUUCUCUACCUCAGAUGUUGUAAAUGUGUAGAGCUCUGGCCAUCCCUGUUCCUCCACCAGAGCAGUGUGACUCGACAAACCCAAAUAAACUACAAAGUCUUAGAAAAAUAACUAGCUGUCCAAAGCUUUCCUCUUUAAUGAAGUGCGUGCUGCUCAGAACCAGAAAAUGCCUUUUUUUUUAAGUAUGAGAAACUUUAACAGCGUUUACAUCUCUUCUCACGCAAAUAUAUAUUUUUAUUACGAUUAAAUCACAUCUGUUGCCUUUUAAUUCAAACCUAUCUUUAUAAUGACAUGCAUGACUGUUUAUAUCUGACUUUAGUUUGUUUUUUUCUGUCCUUCCCAUGUUUAUAGCAUUUUAUUAUGAAUUUGCUGUUAUUAUUUUGCCUCUCACAUCUAAUCAAACCACCGGCUUUAUUCAGAAUAUCUGUUCUGUAUUUGUGUAUGCAUUUUGUUUUUGCUGAAAGUACAGAUAAAGUUUGGCUUCUGUAAAGCUUUGCUGCAAGAAAUGCAUCUUUGCUUCUUUCAUCCUAUUUCAGCAUACAUUUUGUCUUCAUUUCUGUUCAUGUAUUGUUUUCCGUUUUGUUUUAUGCUUAUCUCUCAUGAGUUACCCAAAAUGUGUUCUACUAAAAUAUUUCUUCUUGCCUGCCCUAUCUGCUGCAGAAUGUGUGGUGAACUACAGUAUAUGCAAUAUAAUAUUAUGUAAACACAAUCAGAUUUCAGAAUUUUCAAGACAGUAAAAAAAUAUGUUUACAU